GCCGAAGUUUACAGGGGCGAAGGUUAUAAACUUCACUUUUGUUUUCGUUCUUCUCGGUCCGUAUCUAUCUUCAAGACAGGAAGACACGCCGCUUGACGAGUUUCCACCGCCAACAUGGAAUCCGACAACGUCGAGGUCUCCAGCGAGAUGGACCAUUUCCAGAACCUGUCCAUCAACAGCAACGACUUGCGUUUCAAAUGCGUUUUGAAAAUAAUUCACAUGUUUCACAAGCAAGAUACUGUGAGUGGUAGAUUGACUGUUCUCAGGCGAUUGAUAAGAGGACUGGGAGCUACAAAGCACGAACUGCGUCAGGGUCAUUAUGCAAACUUUUCAUGCCUUUUAAAGCAAUUACCAAAAGAGGAUUUUGAUUUUUCAAUGAUACAUAACAUAAUACUGAAAACGCUCAACCCCGCCUUAACUUCUAAACAAGAAACUGGUGAAGCUUAUUUGGGCCAAGUGUUGGCUUAUUCAGCUUUGGUACACACCAAUCAUCUAGAUGACCAACCGGAGCAUUUGGAAACUAUCGCUUUAGCGUUGAUCGACUUGAGCACAAAACGCUCCUAUUUAUGUGCCCAAUGUUUCGAGUGUCUCUGUGUUCUUAUUUCUAAGGUUCCAAAGGAAUUUGUCAAUGAAGGUUUUCUCCAGCGGUUAAAAGCCAUUAACAGCUACACACUGGAUAAAUUACUUUACCUCAUGUAUCUUCAAAAUUCUUUCCCAGAAAGUGGAACUGUGAAAGAGGUCUUCGGAACAAACAAACUUCUGUCAAAAUCAAAUGCUUCUAAGUUGGCAGAAUUAAUUAUGAAAUCCUCCUUUAAUUAUACGAGUGAGCAUAAAUUUUAUGAAUCAUUCUGCACAAAGAUAGCGAAGAAAAUACGAUUUACCACCAGUUUCUGGGGAGCUGUUUGCAACUUCAUCACGGAAGAGAAAAAAAUGAAGGAAGCCCACCCUCCUUUCGCUAUGGUUGAAGCUUUUCUCAAAAUGUGUGCAACCCUUUUGAAACAGGUUAUAAAACAGGAUUUAGACCCUAAAUACGUUGAUAUACUCAUUCAAGAUCCUGUAGUGAAUGUAAUAUUAAUUCACGGGCGUAAGCACUCUCGCAUGGUGGCGGGUAUUUCAGAUUCAAUUUGUUUUCUGCUUAAGAAAGUGGACGAUGAAUCUCGUAUGCGCUUUUUGAAGAAGAUAAUGUUUCCUCCACAUGGAAGUUUGUCUUACGACAAAAUGUCUGGAUCAAAAAUGGCAUCAUCUGUCAUUCUAAUGAUGGGUGAAAAUAGUAUUAAAGAGCUUGCAGAAAAUUUAAGGGAUGUUGUAGACACUAAAGCGGUACCAAAUAAAGAACGUUUGAUCGCUCUGAAUUUGUUUUGCGCUUUGCUCAGUCACCAAGCCUGCUAUGAAAACACUCAGUGGCGACUUGAAGGGUUGAAAUUUCUGUUGAGAUCGGGAUUUUUUGCUGAUAUGAAUUACAGUGCCGAAUUUGCAGGUUUGAUUAAAAAUGCUUUCUACAGCCAGAUUGCAAAUAGAUUUCCAAGUUUGGCUGCUUACACAACUGUUCUGAAGGAUCUUGUAACAUUCAUCAAUGAAGGGUUAACAAAAAAAUUGUUAAGAAUUAAAAUUGACCCAGAGAUGGCCAACACUUGGAAACAUGCAAUGAAGCUUGAAAAACAUAUGGACUCUCAUUUAAAAAAUAACAAAGAUGAAAUCAUUCAGUCGAUUUAUGUUUUGACACUAUACAUGUGCUUGAUUUUAUUCAAAGAACAGGAAGACACAAAAAUUAACCUCCAGGACAUUGGCUCAAUUUUCUAUAAGCUAACAAAAGACGCUGCCCAGGACAAAGAAGGCCCAGCCUGGAUCGAAGUGAUUAUGGAUUUAUUUUUAAAUCUAUUGUCAAAACAGUGUUUCAGCCAUAGACACAUUAUAGCAUGCAUUUUUAAAUAUUUAGUUCCCCAUGUUAACGAUCAGGCAUUCACUCAGUUAGUCAGUGUUCUCAAUUCGAGUUGGGCGCAUAAAGUGUUCGAAGAUGGUCGUCAAGCAGAUGAAGUCAGCGAUACUUCCAGUGAAGGCAGUGCCCAAGAGUCGGAAGAUGAUGAUGAAGAUGAUGACACAGAAGAAGACGUACCGAAUCAAAAUGAAUUUUCGAAGGAAACUUUGCAAGAAAAAUUGCGUGAUAUUUUGGGACCAAAUGGAGAUGAUAUGAGUGAUGUUGAUGUUGAAAAUAUAGGUGAGGACGAAGGUCAUAGAAUUGAUGCAGCUUUAGUUGAAGCUUUUAAGUCCUCUGCUAAAUCUUCGUUUAAUGGAUUGAAUACUAGAGAAAAUAACACCAUGUAUUUUCAAAUAAAAGUCCUUGACUUAAUUGAAACUAUUGCGAAGUUUGGGAUGAAUUGCUCUAAAUGGCUUACAAUAAUUCCAGCACUUAUAAAUUUAUACAAAGCAGCAGUUACCAAGAACCAGAAUGCUCUAAAAACCAAACUCAGGGGUACCAUUCAUAAAAUGGUGUUUUCUAAAGUUCUCGCCAGAGAAACCAUUGAGGAAAGAGCAGAAGUGGUUACUCUGCUUCAGCAUUUAUUAACACAAGCGUCCUUAGCAUCUGGUGUCAACUCCGAAAUAAGACCACAACUCUCAGCUUUCAGUGUCUUUCUAAUCAAAAGCUUUGAAAACAUGGAAAAUGAACAAGGCCAAAAAAGCAAUAAUGACAUUGUCAAUCUUGUUUCCAAAUUUCUUGACGAUUACUUCUGCUCGAGCAAGUGCCAUUUAUCGUUAAGUUUUUUUAAAUCUUUGAUCGAAUCUGUUCUACCUGGAAUGCAUAAAUAUGUGAAAAAAAUAGCAGAAUAUUCAGCUUCGAAUGAAAUCAAAUGUCAAAAAAGGAUAGAUGCGCUCAGGUUGUUGAAAAAUUAUUUCAAUAAUGGCAGAUAUUUUACUAACAUAACGCCUGAACAAAAAAUCAAUAUUAGAAAGUGUGGCAAUUAUAUCCUUAAAUUUGAUGAUGGAAGUAGUGGCGGUUUGAAUUCAAACUAUUAUAUUGCCCUUUGGAACCUUAUAAUGGUGUUCCUCAAAAGCAAAGCAUCGUCUUGUGUCAAAUGGAAUAAAUGGAAGACUCAAGUACAAAACACUGUUUUCCCAGCUAGAAGACCUGUCAUUAAGAAAAAAGAAAUGAAACGGUUUAAAAAAAUGUGUUCUAUGCUAGAACUUCCAGAAGAGAUGUUCACUCAAGAAUUGCCAUCCCAACCAGUGGCUAUGCCUACCAGGAGAUCUGAGAAAAAACGCAAAUCGUCGGAAAGUGUGACAAGCGAUGACGUUACCGAUGUGAAAGAAGAAAGCGUUGGAACAUCAGAAAACGUCCAACCGGUAGAAAAAUUGGGCAACAAAAGAAGGAAAAUACAUGUAAACAAGUUAAAGAAACAGAGCAAAAUGUUGAGAAUGGAGGCCAUGAAUGAGGGAUUAGAAUCAAAUAUUUUUACCAAUGCUCAUCUUUCUAUGGAUGAAGAUUAAGAUAAAUUGUAUUAUGAAAUAUUAUAAUAAUAUUUUUGUAAUAUAACAUAUAUCUUAUUUUGUGUUAAAUAUAUAAAUGUUUACCAUAAAAUUAAGUUUAUAAACCUUUUAUUUUCAUACGUUGUUAAAUUGACUGCAUAACCAUUUUUGCAUUGUUAAGGAUGAACCAUGUGAAAUCAGUGUUAAUAAGUGUAUACAUAUGUGUUAUAUAAAGUAGAUGUCUAAUUGUCAAAGGCAUAAAUAAAUUGCAAUUUUCUAUAUUCAA